AUGAAUUAAUAUCAUAAGCAAGAACAAUCACUAAAGCUUGUUAAAAUUAGGAAACCAAUUACUAACUUUAAUGAAAAAAAUAAUUAAAAGAAUAACUCUUUUUAGAAGAUAGAUAGAGAUACAUUCUACAAUCCUAAAAAUUGCUAAGAUAUAGAUGAAAUUGAUCUUAUUACAAGGGAAGAAGAAAACAUAGAUAAACUAACAAGAUAGAUGAAAAGUAAAAAAUUAUUGAAGCUGAAUAUCAAGCAAAAAAAUAGUUAGACAGAUUUGAUGGAAAUAGAAGAACUUCCCUUAGAUAAGUAAAUGGAUGAAAUUGAAGAGGAAGAUGAAGAAGAAGAUUUUGAAGAUGAUGAAGACAACUAACAAUCAAACAAUAAAAAAAAAUAUGAUGUCUAAGAUCUUUAAUAAGCAGAUAAAGAUUAAUACUAAAUAUGCAAAAUUAUCAAUCAUUUACUUUUGAAAAAUAAAAUAUCUUAAAAAAACGCUUUUGAUAUCAAAAUCCCUAAUUUGUUAGAAAUUCAAAAAGUUGAUUACUCUCAACAUUCUUCAUGGAAAUUUCUCUCUUCAGGUCUUGGUGCAGGAGCAAGGGUAUAUGGUUAUAAAGUUGAUAAUACAUAUGGAGAUACUAUGAAAGUAAUAAGCAAGCUUGUAAGGAUUGAUGCUUUUGAUGAAGAAGAAAUUAAUAACAUUAAUAACAAAUAAUAAAUUCUCAAUAAAAAUAAAAAAUUUACAUUUGAUAUGGACAGUGCCAUUAAAAACUCUGAAAAAGCUGGACUAAAAACUUUAGAAUUAAAUUUAGACAGCCUUAAUGCAGUUUUGUAUGACUUAGAAUUUGAUAAAGACCCUACUUUCUGGAGAACAAGUCUUAGUUUUGAUAUUAAAUCUGCUGAGACUAUGCUUCUGAAUAAAUUACCUAUGGAUGCUGAUUUUGGAUAUGUUGUGGAUUGUGAAGAUAAAAUUAUUUUGAUUGUAGAUAAGUAGUAAAAAGAAAUAGAAAAAAGGUAAGAAAACACAUAAAAUAAUGAGUAUUAAUAGCUUAGUAAAAUUAAACCAUGGGUUAUUAGAAAAUAAGGAUAAAGUGUACCAGUUAUUAUUUCAAUGUAUGAAGUCUUAAUGAGUUAAAUUGACGAAUAAACUAUAUAAGAGAGGUAAUAAGAAAUUUGUGAUUUAAAUGUAAAGAUAGAUGAAGGUGAAAUUGGAAGAAUAACAUUAAAUCAAGAAGAAGAUAGAAAAUUUAUUUCAGAAAAACCAAAUGUUGUUGUUGAUUAUAAAACUCUCUUGGAAUAAGAAGGUGGUUUAGGGGAUUAACUUUAAAGCUUUGAAGCAUACAUCAGGUCGAAGAAAGAACCUAUUUACUCCACAAAUAAAAAAAGGUGGUAAUGGGAAAAUAAAUUUUUCGAUUUUGUUAAAGAAUAAGAAGAAAUUAAUCAUUAGUUACUAAUUAAUCAAGAAUAAUAAUAAUAAUAAGAUAAUUUAGAAAAAAUUAUGGAAGAAUAAGAAUAAAAAGAAGUUGAUGAACAAAAUAUAUAACAAAAUUUAACUUUUGAGACAAAAGAAGAGCCUUUAUUAGAGGAAUGCUAAAAUUAUGUAAAUCCAAAUAAUAUUUUUAAAGAUAAGUCUCAAGAAUCUGGUCCAAAAGAUUAAAACCAAGAGCCUUUGAUUUAAUAAUAAGAAAAUAACUCAUUUGAAAUAAGGAAUGCUAAUUAGUCAGACGAAAUAUAAAUUGAGUUAGAUUCUAUUCCUUAAAUAGAAUCAAGAAAUAAAUUAAGCUUAAGCAAUAAUAAAAGCUUAUAAUAAUAGAAUGUAUAAUCAUAAGAAAAUAUAUAAUAAUCCAGCCAAAAGUACUCAAAAUCAUUGAGUAGAUAAGGCAGUUAGGUUCAAGGAAGUUCAAGUUUUAAUGGACCUACUUUAUUUAAUAAAGAAGAUUCUAAUUAGGCUUUUAUGUAGUUGUUAGCUUUUUAAAAGAAUGAAUCAAAAAAGGAACAACUUAAAAAAUAAAAUGAAUUAUAAAAUGAGUUGAAAAUAUAACUUUAAACAAAUUAAAUAUAAUCUCAAUUAGAACAAUAGCAGUUUUAGCUUGAAGAAGAUAUUUAUAUCUCUUUAGGAAAUGAGGAAUGGAACAGAUAGGAAUAGUAUAAAGAGUAAUUAUAAUAAUCAUCAUAGCAAUAAGAGGAAUCUAAAGUUCUAUCUUAGCAAGAUAUUUAACAAGGAUAAAGCUAACAAAAUAUUCAAUAAGUAACUCAUUCAAAAUAAACUUAAAAAGAAAGUAAAAGUAAAACAAAAAAAAAUAAAGAUUCAUAUGAAUGUGUAAUACCUCCACCAAUAGUAUUCAAUAAAGAAAAAAAUUCUAAAUACAAUUAUCAUUAUGAUUAACAGUACGAUUAAAGGUAAGAAGAUGUACAAUAAUAAAAUUAGCAAAAAUCUACUGAUUAAAAAAAUAAAUUAAAAUAAUAAAUAGAAAACUAAUAAAAUUCUAUUGAUAAAAACGAAGAAUAUCAUUAUAGGAAACCUUUUUAAGAAUUAAAUUAAUAAAAAAUUAGUUAAGAAUUCCAUGAAAAAGAUUCAAUCAAUUUUAAUAUUUAUGAAGAUAAAAUUAAAAAUGACUCUGUAGAUGACUAAGAAAUUUACAAAAAAAAGUAAUUUAAUGUGAAAAAAAUUUAAUUAGAAAAUCUUCAAACUUUUUAAGAAAAAAAUGAUUAUGAUUAAACAAAACAUGCUAAAAAUUACUAGAAAUAUAUUUCAAAUGAUGAAUUUUAAUAUCAUUCACAAGUAUUAGCUGAAUUUUUUGGCAAUGAUUUAGAAGAAAAUGACAAAAACUAAGAAUAAAUUGAAAUAUACAUGUCUGAUGAAGAGGAUGAUAAUGACUAAAGUAAAUUUAAGCAUCAAUAGCAAAAAUUUAAAAAUUCUAAAUCUUAUAAAGAAGAUGCAAACAAUAUGGAAUGCAAUUCAGAUUAAGAAGUUUAAAUUAUUAAACAUAAAAAAAUAAGCUAAGGAUUAUAAAACAUAAAUACAAUUUAAUUAAAUUACCUAAACAAUAUUCUAUAGACAUAAAAAUUAAGAAUAAUUGAAAAUGAUAAUGAUGACCUAGUAAUAAAAAUAGAUGAAGAUGAAGAUAAUUACUUAAACUUGAAUGAUUUAGAUUCAGCCAAUCCGUUUAAAAAAGGCAGAUUUGAAUAAAAUUUUAGCAGUGAUUCUAUCUCCUAAUAAAGCUUUGCUAGCUACGAUAACAUUUGUGAAUAGUUUCUUGGUUAAGACUAUAAGAACAAAAAGAAAAUGUAAUAGCAAGAAGAAUAUUUAAAAAAUUAUCAGAAAAAAUUUGAAUAAAGAAUUGAAAAGCUAUAAAAUGAAAGAAAAAUGAAAGAAGCAUCUAAAAAGGAUAUCCAAAAAACUUUAAAUCAUGCUAUUAAUGCAGUAGAGUAAAAUCUUUAGAAUAAGAAAAAUAAUAAUAUUUAAAAUUAAAAUGAAUAAGAAGAUAAAUCUUAUGAAUUGUAGAUUUAGUAAAAAUAAAUUUUAGAUUAAGAAAAUUUAGAAAAGCAAUAAAAGGAAUAUUAAAUAACACCAUAAUACAAUUAAAAUUAGUCAAUCAAUGACCAACAAAUAAUUUAGAAUAAAUAGAAUUAGUUAAAUUUAUAGUAGAUGGAGGUAGAAGAAGAUGAUAAUUAUGUUAAUUAUAAUGAUGAUAAUUCAGAAGUUGACAUAUUUGAGAAUUACCUUUUAUUUUUUGAAAAAAAGAAAAAAGGAAUAUUCAACUAAAUUAAAUAAAAAGAAGACUAAAUUGAAGAAGAAUUUAAUAAAUUACUUUAUUCUGAUCAAGAGAGUGAAGAAAAUAAUAACGAAUUUUUAUUAAAAUAAGUUGGUUAUUAGAAUAGUUAACAUUAAUAGAAUAAUGCUAUCCCUGAUUCUCAUAAAGGAAUCGACUUUAAAAUGGAUCAAGUUUAUCUUGUUGAUCUUAACCUGAAUGUUGAGCAAAAUCACCCUCUGUAUUCAGUAAAAAGAUAUUUAGGUGAUCUAUUUUAUUAAAAAGAAGAAGAUUUAUUAACAGAGAGAGAACUGAAAGAUAAAAAGUACACUUGGGGAUAUUAUUCAAUACCUAAGGCUGAUGAUACUUUAGAUAACUUUAUAGAUUCAAAAAAGUUUGAUAUGAAGGUAUUCAAUAUAGGAAAAGGAACUCACAAGAUAGACAUGAGAACAUGCUAAAAAGGUUAAUCAGAAUACUUUAAAAUUAAAAUAAAUGACGAAGAGUAAGAAGAACUUUAAUUGAUAUAAACUUCUAAGCUUACAGCAGCUCCUAAAACAAAAGAAGAUUGGGAGAAGAAAAAAGCUAGAGCUAUUGGAAAGAGAAAAGACUUAAAUGAGAUAGACUUUAACAUUGAGGAAGAGUUAGAGAAUUAUUAUUAAGUUGUUUAACCAAGAUAUAGAAAUUUAUAAGAACUAAUUCAUGAGCAGAAAAGAAGGAGAAGGAAUUCUAAAAAAUAUAAUUUUGAUAAUUUAACUAAUCACAAAAAGAUUGAAAUGAAUCUUAUCAAAAAAAGAGACAUUCUUUAUCUUUUAUAGAACGAUAUCUCAUAUAAAAAUUACUAUGACCUACAUGUUAGAUGUUCUGAUUACAUUCAUUAUUUAGAAUUACCUUCUCUAAAGCAUUUCGUAGCAUCUAAAAAUUUGUAUGAGUAUUUUAAAAGCUAAGACGAAGCUGUAAUUGAUAUAAAUAUUGAUGAAAUUGAAAUAGACUUAAACUCUGAUUAAGAUUAAUAAGACUUUGAUAAAGAUGAUUUUUUGAAAGCAUAAUUUUAAAUGGAUGGUAAAGAAAUUGAUUUUAAUCUGUUUGAAUGCGGUCUUUAUGAUGCAUUAGAAAUUGAUAGGCCUUGCUUUUAAGAUAUUUUAGACAACACAAAUAUUCCUUAAAUUAGCAGUUUGUAAAUUUAAUAGCUUAAUGAAUAGGAAAAUAAAAAACAGAAUGAAAAUAAUUACUCGGCUAUCUAAUAAAAAGAAAUUUAGGCAUCUUUAGAACAAUAAAUCCAUUAAACAUAAAGUGAAGCAAUUGUUGAAGAAGAAAAAGAUUAAGAAGAUGAACAUAAAUAAUUAACUCAUGCAAAUUAAAGAACUUAAUAAUUAGAUAAUUUAUACUCAGAAACAGAAUCAAACAUUAAUUUAUCAAUUAUGAAGCAUUCCAAAAAAAUAAAAAAGUAAAAUAAAUAAUUAUUAAAAACACCAAAUGAUAAAUUAAACAGAAGAAAAUUUUCAAUUGAUUUAGAAGAAUAUUCUAAUUAGAUGUUUAUAGAUGAUCUUUAUGAAUAAAGAAGUGAUUCAUUAGAUAUUGAUAAUUUUAACUAAAAAAGUGGUAAAAAAGAUAAACUUUACAACAACAAUUUAAAUGAUUAAUUUAAUUAAGAAGAGAUAUCAUCAUUUCCUAUCGAUUUAGACGACUAUUCUGUGAUGGAAUAUAAUUAAGAAAGCAACAAUCAUAACAGUUAAUAAGCUUCCAUUAAUGGAGAAAAUUUAAAUUUAAAUAUGGAGUCCGAUUAGAGUCUUCAAAAUUUAGAAAGCGAUUCAUCCUAUACACAAAGAAAUUUACAAAAAAUAUGCAACCCAAUUAGAUCAUUAUGGCUAUCUAAGAAACUAAAAUCAUAUGAAAAGGAAGUCAAGCUAAGAUUUAAAAAAUCUGAAAUAGAAUAAGAAGCAAUAAAGAGCAAUAUUAUUAAUGAAAAAAGUAUUAGUUAAAGUAAAUUUGAUAUAAUUUAAGAGAAUGUUGUAUAGGAAGAGGGAGAAAUAGAUUCUUAUAAUAGCCUAGAAGAAUAAUACAAUCAUAAAGAAUAUAAACAUUUACGUCCAAUCAACUUAGAUGAAUAUGAAUUAAAUAGAGUUUACAAUCCGGAAGUAAAAAUGGAAUGGGAAGUCAAGCUAGAAUAGACUUACUAAGAAAUUAAACAAAAGAACCCCUAUGAAGACUUUGUGUAUCUCACUCCGAACGAUAUUCUUUUAGAUACUUUGAAUGAAAAUAAUUAAUACUUGAGAAGUAUUCCAUACCUUAAUAACUUAAACAAUUUAUAAAGAUUCAAAUCUGACUAAUUUUAACUAUAAAAUCUUCUAAUAAAACAAUCUUAAAUUUAAGAUAAAAAGUAAAAGCAAAACAAAUAAAAAAACAAAUAUUUUUAACCUUAAAUUUGUUCUGAUUUCAUGGGUAUGAAUAAAAAAACAACUAUGAAAGAACUCAUUAUCAAAAUAUGGCUAUUCAUCAAGCAACACAUCAAAUAACAAGAUUAAAUAUAAUUGAAUGAAGUACCUUUUUCAUUCUAUGAUAUUUUAUUGAUGUUGCCUUAGAUUAUUGGGAGCUAAGAAGAUGCAGAAAAAAUAUCAACUUAAAAUAUUUUUUCAAUUUUACUUCAUUUAUCAAAUCUUAAGAAUUUCAGACUUGUUUCAAACAAUGAAGGAUAAAAUUUUUAUAUCUUUAAAGAUUGA